AUGCCCGCCGCCGCCGUGGACGGUACGAACGGUUCGGCUCCCACUUCGGGGCCGUUGACUGUCGAUGCUAUCCCUGCUUUGAGAGCCAACAGCGCGCCGAUUCCCAAAGGUGUUGCGCCUGCUACCAGCAGUGAUUUCUUCAAGAGCCCGGCCUGCUAUACUAAGCCGAAAGCGAAGCGAUUUGACCAUGUGUUCUCUCUCGAGUCGAGGUCGCGCAAGGAGUCCACCUUGAAGGGUGCUGCGAAGUACCUCAAGAACCCAGGUCUCAUUUCUCUGGGUGGCGGUUUGCCGUCCCCGGAAUAUUUCCCUUUCGAGGAACUCAGUGUCAAGGUCCCCACGCCGCCAGGAUUCUCGCCGGAAGAGACUCGCGAAACUGGUGCCGUGCUGCGUGCCGGAAAGAGCGACAUUCGCGAUGGAAAGAGCCUGUACGAUCUGGAGAUUGCUCUGAACUACGGUCAGGCUACUGGGUCGCCACAGCUGCUUAGAUUCAUCACAGAACACACCGAGCUUAUUCACAACCCCCCAUAUGCCGACUGGCAAUGCUGCUUGACUGCAGGUAGCACCUAUGCGUGGGACACUGCGCUUCGAAUGCUGUGCGAACGAGGCGACUACAUCAUGAUGGAAGAAUACACUUUCUCUAGCGCCCAAGAAACCGCCACUCCCCAGGGUGUCAAGGUGCAGCCGAUCAAGAUGGACGAGCAAGGCCUUCUCCCGGAAUCCAUGGAUGAAGUCCUGAGCAACUGGGAUGAGGCCGCUCAGGGCGCCCGCAAGCCCUUCGUCCUGUAUACCAUCCCGACUGGGCAAAACCCUACUGGUGCUACCCAGCAGGUGGAGAGGCGGAAGGCAGUCUACAAGGUCGCUCAGAAGCACGAUGUCAUUAUCGUAGAAGACGAGCCCUACUAUUUCUUGCAGAUGCAGCCGUACGCGGGCGCCGACGCCGAGCCUGUUCCCCCACCCGCCAACCACGACGAGUUCAUCAAGUCCCUUAUUCCCUCGUAUUUGAGUCUCGAUGUUGACGGUCGUGUGCUUCGUCUCGAGUCCUUCUCGAAGGUCCUUUCACCCGGCUCUCGAGUUGGUUGGGUUGUCGGAUCUCAGCAAGUCGUUGAGCGAUUCAUCCGCAACUGCGAGACCUCUUCUCAGAACCCUAGCGGUAUUUCUCAACUCGUGUUCUUCAAGCUUCUUGAAGAGCAAUGGGGUCAUGCGGGUUACCUCGACUGGUUGAUCAAUCUGCGCAUGCAGUACACCGGCCGCCGGGACACCCUUGUCCACGCUUGUGAGAAGUACCUGCCGCGGGAGAUCGCCAGCUGGAACGCCCCUGCAGCCGGCAUGUUUCAUUGGAUGAAAAUCGAUUGGGAGAAGCACCCCGGUCUGUCUGCCGGCAAGACCCGCCAGGCCAUCGAAGAGGACAUUUUCCACGCAGCCAUCGACAACGGAGUUCUCGUGUCGCGUGGUAGCUGGUUCAAGGCCGACGGUAAAAGCGAGGGCGACAUGUUCUUCCGUGCUACCUUUGCGGCCGCCAGCGCGGAUAACGUCGGCGAGGCGAUUGCACGAUUUGGAAAGACCUUGCGCGCGCAAUUUGACGUCCUCUUGAUCCUAAUGCCCUGGACACCCGACCCUUCCUGGGUAUCCAGUCUAGAGCGCGUCAGCCCAGGCAUCCAAGUGCACAGCUACAAGAUCGAUACCUGGACAACUGACCUGAACCAGAUACCCCCCGAGAUUUGGAGUAAGGUAACGGUCCUUUUUACAUGGAAGGCGUUCCCGACAAAAGAACUCGCCCCGAAGUUGCAGUACGUUCAGCUACUGAGUGCGGGAUGUAACCAUCUCUUCGGAGUUCCGUUGUUCGAGGAGACGGAUAUUGCGUUUUUUCCGGAGCAUUUGGAGAAUCAGAAACUCGAUAAAUGGGUCGAUCCUCUAUCGGAUGAGGACACUGAAGAUGCCGUCGGAUUGAGAGUUGGAAUCCUCGGCUACGGCUGCAUUGGCCGGCAGUGCGCCAGAGUCGCAAAAGCAUUCGGAAUGGAAGUAUACGCAUACACCCUGCACGAGCGAGCAACGCCCGAGUCUCGAAAGGACAAGUCCUUCUUCGAGCCCGGCCUUGGAGAUCCUGAGGGAGAGUUUCCCUCGAAGUGGUUCCACGGCCCGGAACAGCUGAACAGUUUCCUCUCUUCCGACCUCGAUUUGCUGGUCAUUCUACUGCCAUUGACGACGAGAACUAGGGGAAUGAUUUCGAAAGAGCAGUUCGCUCUGCUGGGCAAGAAAGCUUUUGUUAGUAAUGCGGGCAGAGGCGCGAUCGUUAAUACUGAUGAUCUCAUCGCCGCUCUUGAUGAGGGUCAAAUAAGAGGAGCUGCCCUUGAUGUAACGGACCCUGAGCCACUGCCGGCUGGUCAUAAGCUCUGGGGAUACAGGAAUGUCAUCAUUACUCCCCAUUGCAGUGGGAAUUCGAACCACUACAACGAGCGGGCUUGCAAGAUCUUACGAUACAACCUUGAGAGGCGGUUCAAGGGCGAGGAGGUUGUCAAUCGGGUUAUAAAGGAGCUGGGAUAUUAG